AUGGCCGGCACCAACUCGCAGUACCUGCAGGUCCCCAAAGUCCUCCCAUAUCGCAAAUCCCGCUCUCGGUCACGCUCACGACCCCGGGAGGUCGUGCCUCGAGCAGAGGUGAUCACCUCGCCCACCUCACCCGUCAAAUCGCGUCCGCAAUCGCCGCCCAUGCCUUCGCCUGUCGAGCUGUCCCGGAAGCCGAGCUUGAACGGCUUCUCGAGUCCAGAAGUGAAGCCCCGGAGAAGCAUCGAUAGUAUACCGAAAUCACCUGUCAGCGUGACAACCACCCCUUACAACAAUCACUACACCACGGCUGUCAAACAAAGCACGGAACAAGAAGGAACGAAUUACGACGAUCUGAACGGUGACCUAAACGGCGGCAUGUACACACUCGAGCAAUGCAUGACACCGCCUCCAGACAUCCCACUACGGCAGAAGCUCGUCGGCACAUGGCGACUGGAGUCGUACAUCGCAUACCCCACCGUCAACUCCACCAUACAACGACCGACAUUUCCAAUGACUAAGAACGUCACGGGAUUUAUAAUGUACACUCCGGAUGGUUACAUGUCCGCUCAAUUCUUCAUCCCGGGACAGCAGGCAUUCCAGCGUGGGACUGGGGACGAAGCCCAAUGGGCGGAGGCAGGGAAACGAUUCUUCGCGUACUCGGGGCCAUACUACAUCAGUAACGAUGGGCCUGGGAGAGAAGAGAUUCUCAGGCAUACGUUCCAGGUCUGCAAUCUACCGGGCUGGGUGGGAGAUAUCCAAAUACGGACGCAUCGAUUUGAGGAAGAUGGCCAGGUGCUUGUGUUGGGGAGUGAGGAGCCGAGCGAGAUUAAGGGUGAUAAACGAGUGCCUGUACUUAAAUGGAGACGAGCAAGAAAUAACAUCGACGCGGAUCCGCCCCCACCAACACCUCAGAUCAAGAUCAGCGGCCCAGGCGAGACUUAG